AUGUCUCCCAACAUGAAGCUCUCGGUCCUCGCCCUCGCUGGCGCUGCCGCCGCCAUCCCCCAGUACAACGUUGGCCACGGCCACGCUUCUGCCCACAAGCACUACACUCCCUCUGCUGGAACCGCCGGCCACGCCUACCCAACUGGCGGCUGGGGCCACGGCUACAACACCACCUCCACUCCUAGCGCUGUUGCUCAGGGCACGGGAAGCGCCAGCAAGCCCGCUGGCGAGAAGACCACCUACACCGACUCCGACUACACCACCACGUCGACCACCACUCGCACCGUCUACCUGACCCAGUACCCCAGCUCUGCUGCUCCCACCGAGGUUGCCAUCAAGGAUGUGACCUCUGAGGCUGCCUGCGGACAGACCGUCUACGUCACUGAGACCAACCGCGUCACUGUGACUGUCCCCGCUGGUGGUGCUUCCUCGCCCGCGUCUUCGGCUGCUCCCGUUGCCUCUUCCCCCUCGGGUGGCUACGAGGCAGCUCAGCCUUCGGUCCCUGCUGAGAAGCCUUCAUCGGCUGCUCCCUCGUCGGCUGCUGCUAAGCCCUCUUCCUCCGCUGCUCCCGUUGCCUCUGCCCCUGAGGCCAGCUACGAGGCCGCCACCUCUUUCGUCCUGGCUUCCUCCGAGGCUGAGAAGCCCUCUUCUGUCGCUGCCGUCAGCUCUGCCGCUGCCUACAGCACUCCCGCUGCCUCUGUCGAGGCUGUCGCCUCCAGCGCUGCCCCGGCUUCCUCCGUUGCGGAGUCCUCUGCCGCCGCCUCUGCUUCCAGCACUCCUUCCACCGGAUACGCUGGUGGCAAGCGUGGUCUCGCCUACCGCUGGGAUGGCGCCGCCGACUGCAAGUCCUUCGAGGGCAAGAACUUCGGCUUCGUCUGGAACUGGGAGGCUGACACCAAGGGUGACGUUGGUACCUUCGCUGCCAACUUCAUCCCCACACUCCGCACCCUCGACAACGCUGGUGACUGGGCCGAGAAGGCUCAGGCUGCUAUCGAUGCCGGUUCCAAGGUCCUCUUUGGCCUGAACGAGCCCGACAUUGCUUCCCAGGCUAACCUCGGUGUCUCCGCUCUCUGCGACGCCUGGAAGGAGCACAUGAACGACUUCUACGGCAAGGCCACCAUCGUCGGUCCCUCCGUCUCUUCCUCUGAGACCGAGGGCCAGGGUCUCUCCUACCUCAGCCAGUUCGUCGAGCAGUGCCCCGAGGCCAAGUUCGACGACAUCAACAUCCACUGGUAUGGCCCUGCCUCCGCUGGUUUCGAUGCCUUCAAGACGCACUACGAGAGCGCAAAGUCCCAGUUCUCCGGCAAGAAGAUCUGGGUCACAGAGUUCGGUCUCACCGGCGCCACCGAGCAGGAGUCCGCCGACUUCCUCCAGAGCGCCCAGGAGUACCUCGAUGGCGAGUCCACCUGCGCCGGUUACUCGUACUUCGCCGUCGGUACCUUCGACGCCGCUGCCAACCUCCUCGGCACUGCCUCUGCUCUCACCAAGGCUGGUGAGGUCUACGUCAACUAA